CCCUUUAUACAUUUUUCAUUCAAAGAUUAAAAUGAUACAGCUCUGAAAUAACGCAGGUUGAAGGAUGCACCUGUUAGAAAUUCAACUAGGCCUACCUCUCGGACCCGGUGCAGUUAAAAUACUUGAGGUUUCUUCUCCAAAUGAUUUUCAACAUUUGUCUUGCUGCAACUGGCCUUUCCGUCAGCAGGAAUGUAUUGUCAGUCGCCCUGGUCUUCAACCUUGAGCAACUUUACAACCUUUUGCCCACUCCCCCGACAACAUCAGUGACGUAAACGCUUUUUACCUGAUGGCUCAGUAUAUCUCCGUUGUACCUCACUAAUCAAUAGGAAAUAGGAAUCUGCAAUUGAAGGCUAAUGUUACUUUUUCGAGAGUUGGGAUGAUGGAGGACCGCUCAAGCCAGGUAAACUAAAAUGACUUAUACCAUUAUUGUUUUUAAGCAUUGUUGAUUGACAUAACGUGCCAUGCACGUCUUUCUGAAGCAGUUCACUAGUUUUGCUGGCAUUCGUGUAAUAUGAUGCACGCACACUGGACAAUGCUGUGCAAUGCCUUUUGCACGUGAAUGUUUAUUUUUUCACCGAAAACAAGUGCCCAUACACUUCAACAUCCUUAAAUUACUUAUUUGUCAGCAUCACCCAAAGUGUCUCUGUUUAUAUUAUGAAGGGCGCAAAAUGUUUGGAACUUUUUUUCGAUUCUCUAGGCCUGUUUGCAAAAGCAGCUAAUUGGCUGGUGUAUUGGCUAGUCUAUUGAUCUGCAAGACGCACGUCUUUCAUCAAAUAGUGAUGGCAUUCAGUGUUUUUUCUUGGUGAGCCGGCAGGCCCAUUAGGCUCUCAAACGGCUCUUCGUUUUAAACACUUAAAUUGAACUAGAACCAUCAUUUUUAGAACCAAUCUCCAAUGAUCAGAGUACACCCCGCUUUCUGUUAGCAUCUCGUUUACAUUUGAAAUGCUCGCAUCUCUCCUUUAAUCAUUUUCCCCCCUCUGCCUGUCCUCUCUCCCUAUUUCUGCAGCCGGUAAGAAGCGCUUCAGACUGGCCAUCAUUGUGAAGUGGUAGUCCACUGCUAGGCCCAAGCACGACAAGCCUUCCAGACCCCCCACCUCUCCCUGCCGCUUCCUCCAUGCUGCCCCCGCGUUCUGCUGGGCUGUGGGGGGAGAGGGCCUCUCCCAUGGUGCACGCUGCUCCUGUUUCCCCCAGGGGGAUGUCUAAGGUGCCUCCUGUGGACGCAGCAGCUCUGCUCCAGGGUGUGUGUGAGGUGUACGGGCGGGGUAAGCUCCUCAACGACCUGCAGUACCGCCACAUGGGGCCUGACGGGUUCCUGUGCUUCAGCUACCAGGUGAAUGUGUCGGGGCUGGCCACACCCUUCACUGGGAUGGUGCAGACUCUGCCCGGCCCCAACCCUGGAGCUAUACAGGAGGCUCGCAGAGCUACAGCCCAGCAGGUCCUCAGCGCCCUGUGCAGGGCCUAUAUCACCCCGAUCCCUGAGGCACAGAGCCACUACUCGUACUUCACAUUUUAAUUGUGAAAAUACUUUGUUUUGCACUCUUUUAUAUGUAGUAAAUCGUGAGUAGAUGCGUGAUUUUACUUUUGCCUGUUUCUAAUUUGAAUAAAACUAUUUGUAAUAAAUGUCAGUUGUUUGCCUGUCUAAUAUGGAGUUCAGAGUGGUAGGUAUUAUACAUCUGAAAUAUCCCCCAUGGAUUCCACAAAUGUACAUUUGAGGUCUUUUCACAAGGACCAGAUGUAACCCUUGUAGUAUUAGGGAAUGCUGUUGGUGGUUGGGAGCAUCCUGGAGAGGCAGCAACAGACUAGGAUUACAUCUGUCAACAAUGAACACUCAACAGCUUGAUGGUUCAGCUGAACAAAUGUACAUUUAGUAAGCAAUUACAUACUGCAUCUUU